AUGCCCUCGAACGAUGCACCUGCUGAAAAGCAAGGGCAACCUCACCACGGACCGGCAGGAUUCCUGGCAAGCCUGACGACCCGAUUCCCCAUCCUCAAGACGAAAAGAGGUCUCGCCCUCGUCAUCGGCCUACCCGUCCUCAUCGUUGCCGGCGGUCUGUGCGGUCUCGUGGCGCUGAACGGACGGAGCUCCGGGGGUAGAGCUCGUGAUGGGGAUGCCAUCACCGACGAUGGGUAUUUCUAUGGGCAGUCGCCUCCUGUUUAUCCUUCUCCCCCGAUGAAGGCGGAUACCGAUGACGACGGCCUGGGCGAUGCACUGGGGAGAGCCAAGGAGAUGGUGUCCAACAUGACGUUGGAGGAAAAAGUCAGCGUCACGACCGGGGGGUCACUUGGAAACGGCUGCCACGGAGCAGUCAGGUCCGUCGACCGGCUCGAGUUCCCCGGCCUAUGCCUCUGCGACGCGGGCAACGGGCUCAGAGCGACGGACUUCGUCAGCAGCUAUCCCAGCGGCAUACACGCCGGUGCCAGCUGGAACAGAGACCUUGCGCAUAGCAGGGCCAGAGCCAUGGGUGCCGAGUUCAGAAAGAAGGGUGUCAAUAUCCACCUCGGCCCCGUGGCUGGACCUCUGGGUCGGAUCGCGCUCGGUGGGAGGAACUGGGAGGGAUUCGGGUCCGAUCCGUAUCUGUCUGGCGUGUUUACGUACGAGAGCGUGAUCGGGAUGCAGGAGCAGGGCGUCAUCGCUACGACGAAGCACUUCAUAGGCAACGAGCAGGAGACGCACCGAAACCCCGUCGAUGAUGUCGAAUCCGUGUCAUCCAAUAUCGACGACAAGACGAUGCACGAGCUGCCAUUCCAGGACGCGGUGAGAGCCGGCAGCGGCGCCAUCAUGUGCUCUUACCAGCGCAUCAACAACUCGUACGGGUGCGCCAACAGCAAGACGCUCAACGGCCUCCUCAAGACGGAGCUCGGGUUCCAGGGCUUCGUCGUGUCGGACUGGGACGCCCAGCAUGCGGGGUACCCGACCGCCCUGGCAGGCAUGGACCUCGCCAUGCCGGACUCGGACGGCUUCUGGGGCGACCGGCUCGUGGAGGCGGUGAGGAACGGGACGGUGCCGGAGUCGCGCGUGGACGACAUGGCGCACCGGAUCCUGGCGGCGUGGUACCUGCGCGGGCAGGACGGGGACUUUCCGGCCCCGGGGCGCGGGAUGCCCGUCAGCCUGGACGACGCGCACGAGGUGGUCGAGGCCAGGGACCCGGACGAGCGCGGGACGCGCUUCCGCGGCGCCGUCGAGGGCCACGUGCUGGUCAAGAACACCAAGGGCACGCUGCCGCUGGGCAGUCCGCGGCAGCUCUCGGUCUUUGGCUACUCGGCCAAGUCGCCGGACGUGUUCGCGCCGGUGCGCGGCGGCGUGGGACCCAAGUACCGGUGGGCGUUCGGCGCGGAGCCUGUGUCGGGCGAGGAGGUGUCGGCCGGGUUCGGGGGCCAUCCGUUCGCGCAGCUGUCGGCGACGGGGAUGAACGGCACGAUGCUGAGCGGCGGGGGAUCCGGGUCGACGACGCCGGCGCUGUUCGUCUCCCCCCUCGAGGCGCUCAAGAUGCGGGCGGCGCAGAACGGGACGGCGAUGCUGUACGACCUGACGUCGGCGGACCCCGUGGUCAGCACGGCGUCGGACGCGUGCAUCGUGCUGGGCAACGCGUGGGCGUCGGAGGGCUACGACCGCCCCGCCGCGCGCGACGACUACACGGACGGGCUGGUGCGGCGGGUGGCGGACCGGUGCGGGAGGACGGUGGUGGUGCUGCACAACGCGGGGGCCCGCCUGGUGGACGGCUUCGUCGACCACCCCAACGUGUCGGCCAUCAUCAUGGCCCACCUCCCGGGGGAGGAGACGGGCGCGGCCCUGGUCUCGCUCCUGUACGGCGACGACAACUUCUCGGGAAAGCUGCCGUACACGGUGGGCCGGAACGAGACCGACUACGGCGCCAUUCUGGGGCCCAGCCGCGCCGGCGGCGGGGAGGACCGCUACGCCGGCUUCCCGCAGUCGAACUUCUCCGAGGGCGUCUACAUCGACCACCACCACUUCCGUCGGGGGGGCAUAGAGCCCCGCUACGAGUUCGGCUUCGGCCUCAGCUACACGUCCUUCUCCCAGUCGAACCUGAGCGUCGGCGUGGUCGGAUCCGGCAGCGGCGACGGGCCUCCCGCCGAGUGGCCGACGGGGGACGUGGUCCAGGGCGGGCAGCGCGACCUCUGGGACACCAUCGCCACCGUCGAGGCCACCGUGACCAACGACGGCGGAGUGCACGGCGGCGAGGUCGUCCAGGUGUACGUGGACAGGCCGGGCGGCGGCGACGACGUCGCCGGGGAUGACGGCAGCGGCGAGAGCGGCGGUAACGGCCAGCCGCGCCUACGCGUGCUGCGCGGCUUCUCGAAACACUUCCUCGACCCGGGCGAAAGCCAGCAGGCCCGGUUCAACCUGACGAGACGGGACCUGAGCGUAUGGAGCACGGGGGAGCAGAAGUGGCAUCUGCAGAGGGGGGAGUAUACGGUUCAUCUGGGGAACAGCAGCAGCACGUUGCCACUGUCCGAGACGUUUGUCCUGUAA